AGAAAUCUGACCUCAUCUACAUAUAUCUCAACAGAGACACAGUGAAGGAUGGCUACCCAGCCUUUGUCUGGGCCGAAAUUGGUGGCGUUAAACAAUGCGCAGUGUACAGAUAACGAUAUUCCCUCUGAUUUUUAUAGCGUGAUAUAAAAAACGUCCCCAUAUAAAGGAAAACCUUUGUAUACUGGGACCCUUUCAUUGAUCGAAAGGGGCAGUGGCAUUAAAAGUAAUCUAUAAAAGCUCAGAGUCAAGACGGAGAGAAACAAGAAAGCAGAAAGGGAACUUUACGAGCUGGUAGUUUCAGUACGCGUUCGUUGAGCAGCCAAGGCCCGGGUCCACUCCACUCGCUAUGCUUGCCGCAACUUGUAAUAAGAUUGGUAACCGCAGCCCACCGCCCCUAGCGGACGCAGCAAUCGGAAAGGGGUUCCAUCCUUGGAAGAAGACGUCUCCGAUCGUUACCAGUGCCGGAGGGAUUGUCAACCCAAGACUGGGAGGACUCACUACUGAACCCAGCUUCUCAGCUGCCGGAAUUUCUUCGUACUCCUUAGCGCAGUCGGCUUCCAACCAAAUGAGCUACAAUACGGGAGACUUGUUCCUGCCGAACGUCUCGUCGCAGAUGAGGAACUCCCAGGCCGAUCUCUCCGUACAACCAUCUAUUAUACAAAAAAUGCACGGGAGCAUGUCCGACAGUUUCUCGAUGUCGAGUAUGUAUCAACGAAUGGGUGCCCAUGUCGGCCACCAUUAUGAACCAACAGCCUGGUUCAAACCAAGUCCUCAUCCCGGGCUGUCAGGAGACGUAGCGUCGACAGGAGGCACCUGGUGGGAUAUGCACGCAAACCCCAAUUGGUUGGACCCUGUACAAAACGUGAGCACGACUUUACACUCACAGCUUCCAAACUACAGCACGGACUAUACCUUAUCUACGCACCCAGCACUGAGCAGUAACCCAGCCGCUCAGUUUUUACCGACACCGUCGCUACUACAGGACAGUUUUAAAUCCAUGCUGCCAUCGCACUGUGACGUAAUGAGCAUACCCAAUAUGAGCGGGCCGUUAAUGACACAGCCAGGAUUAACGGGACUUUCGGCAGCUUCCCGGGCCACCCGUCGCUAUACCGGCAGAGCGACGUGCGAUUGUCCGAACUGCCACGAGAACGAACGACUUGCCGCUGCUGGAAAAUGUAUCCCGAAAAAGAACAUUCAUAGUUGUCACAUCCCCGGAUGUGGUAAAGUUUACGGAAAGACGUCGCACUUAAAAGCGCAUCUCCGAUGGCACACCGGAGAGAGACCAUUCGUCUGCAAUUGGUUAUUCUGCGGUAAGCGUUUUACUCGCUCGGACGAACUUCAGCGGCACUUGCGUACGCAUACCGGGGAGAAACGCUUCGCUUGCCCAGUCUGCAACAAACGAUUCAUGCGGAGUGACCAUCUCAGCAAACACGUCAAAACACACAACAGCCCAAGCGGUGGGAAACGUAGUGGAAGUAGCAGCGGUAGUGACACUGAAAACAGCCAAAGCGGCCCACCAAGCGUUCCUCCUUCCACACCCGGCAGCAUAUGUACACCAACCCCCGUGACAGCUGACACGCCGAACGACAUGAAAUCAUCGACAACGCAGUGACCAUAGAUUCAUAGACUUUAUAAAUAUUUAGUGCACUUAUUUAAUAUUGUAUGUACACCCUUAUGUUGAACUUGUCAGAAGCUGGGUGACUUUUUUUUUAUACAAACUCUAAUGAUAUUUUGAGCAGAAAAGCCACCGAUGCUGAGUUUAAAACCGAACACAAUCCACUUUUUCUGCAUGACGAAGAACUCGCGAAGUGAUUUCAUUUUCAUUUCAAUUUCGUUUUCAGUGAAGCUUUAAGACAUUGGAGUUCUGACAUAUUUUUGUUGACUCGUAUUACGGUUCAGCUUUUACUUUUACCCGAAAUGUGUUCGCGGUUUUCUUGUUGUGUAUCAACUUUACUCUGAUUUCAAGUUAGGGCUCUGCAUUUCCAUCAAGCAAUCAGGUUAUCUUAAUCCGAAAAUGGUUCGAUUUUAAGCCACUAUUUGACGACAGAACAGUCCCAAUUACAGCGUACAUAUUUGUGUAUAUUAAUUCAAUGGGGCCAAGUUCGUAGUAGAAAGUACCCACCAAUCACUUCGCUUUUUCAGUAAGCAAAAUUUAGCGUUAAGUUUUUGUUAGCUUUUGAAGUUGAUUAUUUUGAGUUAAUCACCUAAUAAUUAACAUGGAAGCAAUAAAUUUGAUGUGGACU